AGGAAGUAUAGCUUAUUUCUCUUAAGUGUUUCUACAAUGCAACAUAUUAAUCGAUUAAGGCUAGUGACAUUCGAUGUGACAGAAACACUCCUGAAUUUCCGAGUUCCUCCUGCAGAAAAAUACGUCGAAGUUGGGGCGCAGUUUGGUGUAUCUGUAGAUGCGAAAGCAAUAAACGCCAAUUUAAAAAAGCAGUGGCGAUAUAUGAGUUCCAGACACCCAAAUUUUGGCCAAAGCACAGGCUUAGGAUGGGAAAGGUGGUGGAAACAAUUGGUUAACCAAACAUUUCAAGAAACUGUGAAGUGCAAGGCAUUUGAUGUUUCAAUUCUUGAUACUAUUGGUGAACACCUUGUAGAAAUAUAUAAAACAUCAGAGUGUUGGCAGACAAUGGAAGGUGCAAAAGAGUUACUUAAAUGUUUGAAUACACUGAAUAUUCCAGUAGGAAUUAUAUCAAACAAUGAUGAACGUCUAGAAACAGUUCUUAAGACAAUGGAAUUGCACCAGUAUUUUCAAUUUAUUAUAACAUCAUAUUCUGCAGGUUUUGAAAAGCCCGAUCCCCGAAUAUUUCAUUUGGCGCUGUGUGGACUCAGAAAUAGCAGUGUAAAACCAAAUGAAGCUCUGCACGUUGGUAACUUACCUGAAACGGAUUAUAUAGGUGCAGUGAAUGCAGGGUGGAAUGCUGCACUGGUCCAUCAGAAUGCUAAAAAUGUGAUAGAGCACUACAAUGAUAUUGACCCAGAACUAGUGUUUGAAACUCUCAAAGAUCUGCAGUCAUACGUAACUACGUUUCAUAAUUAACAUUUUGAAGUAUAUGUUCUGUCGAUACAGAAGCUAAAUGUUAUUAAAUUUAUUAGCACUGAUGAUCAUAUGAGUAUUUAGGUGUGGAUUAUUUAAGAUAUUGUCAGUAACUCAAAUUAUACAGCACCAAAUGAUGGGAUGAAAGAGAACAAUAAAUUGGUAUGAAAAUAAUUGCCAAUGAAAGGAACCAUUAAUCAAAAUAAUAAAACAUUAUAUUACUGGUCACUGCUGUUAAAACUUAAAUUGUGGUUUCAUGUCGAAAGCAGAACAGUACAAGCCAAGGAUAAUAUGAAUACCAACACACUACCCAAAUAAAAUACAAUUACAAAUAAAAAUAUAUAGUUAUUACAACUAUUUACAUAAAUGUU